CCUCUCCCCAUCCUCAUCUCUCUCCCCUAUCAGGUCACCAUGUCCAGGAAGGUAGUCAGGGCCAGUAAGUUCCGUCAUGUCUUCGGCCAGGGGGUGAAGGCUGACCAGUGCUACGAUGACAUCCGCAUCUCCCAGAUGACCUGGGACAGCAACUUCUGCUCUGUGAACCCCAAGUUCGUGGCCAUGAUUGUGGAUGCCAGCGGAGGAGGGGCCUUCCUAGUGCUGCCUCUGAACAAGACGGGUCGUAUUGACAUGUCCCAGCCCACAGUCUGUGGACACACAGGCCCAGUGCUGGAUAUUGAGUUCUGUCCCCACAACGACAACAUCAUUGAGGGCUCAGAGGACUGCAGUGUCAUGAUUUGGGAGAUCCCGGAGGGUGGCCUGGUCACGCCCUUGAACGACCCUGUGGUGAAGCUGGAGGGGCACUCCAAACGCGUGGGUAUCCUCAGUUGGCACCCCACUGCCCACAAUGUGCUCAUGAGUGCAGGCUGUGACAACGUGGUGAUCCUGUGGAACGUGGCGUGUGGAGAGGCCAUGGUGAGGAUCGACUCGGUCCACCCUGACCUCAUCUACAGUGCCUGCUGGAACAGGGACGGAUCCCAGAUCCUCACCUCCUGUAAGGACAAGACCAUACGUGUGCUGGACCCCCGCAAGGGCACAGUCAUCGCCGAGAAGGAGAAGACCCACGAAGGCUCCAGGCCUGUCAAGGCUUUGUUUGUGUCCGAUGGGAAGAUCCUGAGCACCGGCUUCAGUCGCAUGAGUGAGAGGCAGGUGGCACUUUGGGACCCGAAGAGCUUUGGGGAGCCACUCACCCUGCAGGAGUUGGACACCAGCAGUGGUGUCCUAUUGCCCUUCUUCUGACCCUGACACUGCAUUCGCUCUACCUCUGGUGCCAAGGGUGACAGCAGUAUCCGGUACUUUGAGGUGACGGAUGAGGCUCCCUAUGUUCACUACCUGUCCAUGUACAGCAGUAAGGAGAGUCAGAAGGGCAUGGGCUACAUGCCCAAGAGGGGCCUGGAGGUCAACAAGUGUGAAAUCGCCAGGUUUUACAAGCUCCAUGAGAGGAAGUGUGAGCCCAUUGUCAUGACGGUGCCCCGCAAGUCUGACCUGUUUCAGGAUGAUUUGUACCCAGACACCAAUGGUCCAGAGCCGUCUGUGGAGGCCAAUGAGUGGUUUGAAGGCAAAGAGGGCCAACCUAUCCUGAUCUCCUUGAAGGAUGGUUUUGCAACAACCACCAAAUCCAAAGAGUUCAAAGUUCACAAAAGUCUUCUGAAGACCACAUCAGCAGCCACGGGGCAUCAGCACGAUAACAGUGGGGAGGUACAUGCCUUGCAGAAGGAGGUGAAGACUCUGAAGGAAACAGUAGAGGAGCUGACCAAGCGCGUGAGCGAACUGGAGAGCAAGAAUUGAAACAGAGCCAUUGUGUUCGAGAGGGAGCUGAUGGAGAGAGAGAAGGAGGUGUAAAGAGGAGAAGAGAAAGAGGAGAUGAAAGUAAAAUAGUUAUAAAUAGUUGGGGAUGUUUGAAGGAAAGAUGGUUAAAGGGAGAGUUGGAGACAGGWRCCAUCAAUWURAGCAGCCAAAUAUUUUUGYGUCUGMAAMCUUGAAUUCGUUUUUUGGUGUCAGUUUUCACAUUUAUAGAGACUUGUUUUUAAUAUAUGCUCUUACAUAGUUGGAAAUAAAAGUCCUUAAUAUUUUCCAAAAUA